GCGGCUUUUGGCUGAACAUGGUUGGAGUUCUGCUUCUGUUUGUGUGCCUGUCGUCCGGUGCCCUCGGCGGCCGUUAUUUCAGUGAGAAUGAGCCUUGUUACCGGCCAGCGACCAGGAAGAAUCACUUCGGAGUCAAGAUGAGCCCCCGGCCUCACGAGUACCUCAACGUGGAGCUGCUGCCCAAGGCCUGGGACUGGAGGAACGUCAACGGCACCAACUUCGUGAGCACCACCCGCAACCAGCACAUUCCCCAGUACUGCGGCUCCUGCUGGGCCCACGGCAGCACAAGCGCCCUGGCAGAUCGUAUCAACAUCAAGCGGAAAGCGGCGUGGCCCUCUGCGUACCUUUCUGUUCAAAAUGUCAUUGACUGCGGGAACGCUGGCUCCUGCCAUGGCGGUGACCACAGUGCGGUUUGGGAAUAUGCUCAUUCCCAAGGCAUCCCUGAUGAGACUUGCAACAAUUACCAGGCCAAAGACCAGGACUGCAAACCAUUUAACCAGUGUGGGACCUGCACCACCUUUGGAGUCUGCAACAUCGUCCAGAACUACACCGUGUGGAAGGUGGGAGAUUAUGGGCCAGUCAGCGGGCGGGAGAAGAUGAUGGCAGAGAUCUAUGCUGGAGGGCCCAUCAGCUGUGGGAUUAUGGCAACUGAAACACUGGAUGCCUACACUGGGGGCCUGUAUUCAGAAUAUCAAGAAUUACCUUUCAUCAACCACAUUGUGUCUGUGGCUGGCUGGGGAGUGGAUGGGAGCGGCGUAGAGUACUGGAUCGUCCGCAACUCCUGGGGGGAACCUUGGGGUGAGAAGGGCUGGCUUCGCAUUGUGACCAGCUCCUACAAGGGCGGCAGCGGGAGCCAUUACAACCUGGCCAUUGAGGAGGACUGCAUGUAUGGAGACCCCAUCCUGCCGAAGAACUAUCUAUAGAUAAGCCAGCAGCGCCUUUAGCAUCAUCCCAUGACCUUACUGUCCUCUCUCACCUUCCCCCCAACACUCUCCAUGCAUGUCAUCCUGAGAAUACAGCCAGGGCGAAUAGGUUACUGACAGCAAUUUACCAAAAACCUCUUCUAAUGGGAACUGACAGGCUGUUAAAAAGGGAACGAUUACAAAGUAACCAUAUUUUACAGGGUCUUUUUGUUUGUGAAAAUGAAUACUUCAGAUUUUUUUAAUUAGGUCUUUAAACUUAAUUUGUUUUAUGAGGAUUCUUAAGCAGCUCACUAUUUUAAGCCAUAUAUAAAGUAGCAGACACUUUUUCAGGUUCAGAAUAUGUCAGUCUGUGAAAUAUGCAGCAGGAAAAUGUGCUAUGCAAUCAAACAAAUCUGAGUGUGCAAUAUAUGUGUCGCGUCAAUCUCCGCAAGGAUUGAUAUAUGUAAAUGGAGGGAAUCGGACAUGGAUAGUGGCACACUGACAAUUACCACUUGCUUUUCUUGAGCAGUGUUUUUUUUUUUUUU